CAUGUGCACCUCGGCACCAGGGCAGGAGCCCCUGUGGGUGCUGCUGCAGGAGGGGGGUGGCUGUGGGUCCCUGGGUCCUGCCACCCUCCCCAUAGCCUGGACCACUCCCCCUGUGCCCCACAGGCCUGAUGCCCACCUGUGAGCUGGACUGCAGUUGCGGCUGCGGGCCCAGCGUGGCGCAGGGGAAGUGGUAUGGGGUCCAUUCCUACCUCCACCUCUUCUAUGAGGACUGUACCGGGGCCAGGUCCAGUGAAGACGGGGACAAGGAUGGGUCCUGACCCCCGGAGCCUGGCCCCCCCCUCAUCUGGAAGGUGAGCUUCUUCACAGGGACCUUGCUCCUGCUUGUGGGGGCUGCCAUGCUGGCUGCUGGCUCCCUGGUGCCCCCAAAGCUGGAGGGGAUCAUGGUGGAGGAGUUUGUGGUGCUAGAUGUGCAGGUGGUGCGGUACAACCACGCACUGGGGAUGUGCUGGCUGGUGGGCAUGGUGCUGUGCGCGAUGGCUGGAGCGCUGGGAGCCAUUGGGCUCCUCUCUUGUGCGCUGGCCCCACGCUGCCCUCAGGAAGAGGAACAGCAGCUCUCACCCAUCCUGUGGGGCAGCCCCCCGCCACAUGUGGUCCCCUGCCGCCCAGUGGGGACAGCGAUGCCCUUUGACACCUCCUGCUUUUACGGCAUCCAGCCCCGGCCCAGCACCUGGGGCCAGGGGUGUGAUGGGUGAUGGCUGGCAUGGGGCCAAGCUGUGCUGCACCCUGGAACCAGCUGGAUCACCUGGAGCUGGUUUGUGGCCAGCACUACAGGACAUCUGGCUCAGUCCUGGCAUGGCCACCAUGUCCUGCCAUCCCCUGGCCCUGCGGCUCCUGCACCCCGGCUUCUGCAGAGCAGUAAAAGGUGCCAAGAAAUCCCUUUGCUGGUGGCUCAAUGGCUGUUGCUGUGUCUGUGUCCAAACCCCCGUGAGCGCCAGGUUACGUGUGACGGCCACCGCCUGCCCCCACCGCCAGCAGCACCUCGUUCAGUUUGGUGUGGAACGGGAUCAGAACCUGGGAAUGAAACCAUUUGGCCCAGUUUCACUGCUGGAGGCUGCUGAGGCUGCUGCUGGUGGCUGCCAGUACAGUGGUGGGCACCCA